AGCACAUACAUAGGCCUAUAUGUAUUUCUCUCUCUCUUUUUUUUUCUUCUCUUUUUUUUUUCUACAGUAUUCCUUGAAGGACUCAUGAUGUACAUCACUUCCACCACCCAGCUGCAGACCCUUCCUCUUUAAACUCUCGCGGGAGAGACCUCGUCGUCACACUGGUGGGCCGGACCGGAAACAAAACAACAUGGCGGCCCCCAUCGAACGAAGCUGCUGCAUUUCGGGAUAAAGCUGCGGCGGAGGACAAUUAUUCUCUUUCUUAGAUUAAAAUAAGAGAAAGAAUGGACUCCAUUGGAGACGAAGAGCCGGACCCAAUAAGGCUGAAGUCCAUCAAGAAUAAUAAAACGUUUACAGUGCCUCAAAAUGACAGGUUUGGAAGCUGCAGAAGCGUCAGAGAGUUUGAGAAAUUCAACCGCAUCGGAGAAGGAACUUAUGGAAUUGUCUGUAAACGAGCCCGAGACACCAAAUCGGACGAGAUUGUAGCUUUGAAAAAGGUCCGCAUGGACAAAGAGAAGGAUGGGAUCCCCAUCAGCAGCCUCAGAGAGAUCAACCUGUUGCUCAGACUCAGACAUCCCAACAUAGUGGAGCUGAAAGAAGUGGUUGUUGGAAGCCAACUGCAGAGUCUGUUCCUGGUGAUGAGUUACUGUGAACAGGACUUGGCCAGUCUGCUGGAAAACAUGCAGACGCCGUUCUCUGAGGCUCAGGUGAAGUGUAUUGUCCUUCAGUUGCUUCGAGGUUUGGAGUAUCUCCAUCACAACUUCAUCAUACACAGGGACCUGAAGGUGUCUAAUCUGCUGAUGACAGACAAAGGCUGCGUUAAGAUCGCUGACUUUGGAUUGGCCAGAAUGUACGGCAUCCCCCAGCAGCCCAUGACGCCUCGAGUGGUCACACUGUGGUACAGAGCUCCAGAGCUCCUCCUAGGGACCAAAACGCAGACUACAGCUCUGGACAUGUGGGCUGUCGGCUGCAUAUUGGCAGAGCUGCUGGCUCACAAACCUCUUCUGCCUGGAACCUCCGAGAUCCAGCAGGUGGACCUGAUCGUUCAGCUGCUGGGAACGCCCAAUGAAAACAUCUGGCCGGGUUUCUCGCAGCUGCCUCUCAUAGGUCAGUACAGUCUGAGGAAGCAGCCGUACAACAACCUGAAGAACAAAUUCACCUGGUUAUCUGAUGCAGGACACAGAUUGCUCAACCUGCUUUUCAUGUACCAUCCACAGCGCAGAGCUAAUGCCAAAGACUGUCUGGAGAGUUCAUACUUCAAAGAGAAGCCUCUGCCCUGUGAACCCGAGCUGAUGCCAACCUUCCCCCACCAUCGCAACAAGCGGGCCUCUGCUGCUUCAGCUGAGAAUCACUCCAAACGCAGCAGAGUGUGAUGAAGACGGGGAGACAGUGGACUCAACCCUGCCUUUUCUGCAGGGACCGUGACUGUGCUCAUGAGGAGGUUUUCCUUUAGUGUUUGGAGCAAACAGACCAGUUGAACUCAACUAAAGCAAACAAACUGUGGCACAGAUAAACAUCACACUGGACUGCCCACACAGUCCUCUGCAUUGAUCAACGUCCCAGAGGUCAUGUGAUCAUUAAAAGGCUGUAACCACACGUUAUGUGAUAAAGGUCAAGUGAUACGGUAACUGAACCAACUUGCUUGUGCUUGGGUCUGUUUGAAGACCUUUGUCAGGAGAAAACGGAAAUGAAGUUGAAGAACGUGCCUGUACAAUUCAAAGAGUUAGUGGUCAAAUAAAUGGAUGGCAAGCCUUGUUAAGAAAGCAUGUAGCCAGUUUUCUCCUCAUCACCAUCAGUGUGUCUCUAUGACCAGUUAUGUGUCCAGAUAAAGUGUCCUUCAUGGAAAAUGUGGAACCCCUGCUUUCAUUUUUUUGGAUUUGUUUUCCUGGCAGUUAAAGUAAAAGGUAAACUUUCAGGGUAUUUGCUUACUAGUCAUCUUCCCUUUUUUGAUUUUUGACUGUAAGUGUCAUAGAGUUAGCCUGUAUUUCCAAAACAUCAGUGAAAAGAAAAUCUAAGUAGUCUUGAAAAUGAUUUUCUCUGUAAUUGUUCACAGAAAAAUGUUGGAACAGCAGCAUGUCUGGCAGUGAACUUUACAAAAUGAACAAAGGUCUUCUCCUCUUCAUAACAAAGAGGCCUGCUAAAAACGUGGAGUCAGGCGGUUUUAAGGGAAAUAAUCAAUGCCUCUCCAACUGAUGUCAGGAGGGGCUACACGAUCAGAUUCUUGUUCCCUCUUCAUUAUCAUCUUCAUUAUAUAAGGAGCCAAAUUAUCCAGAGGUUUCCUCCUCUCCAAACCAACUGGCAAAUGGCGUCAGGUGGGGGGGGGGGGCGAGGUGAGCUGCCAAUUGGUUUAUGAACAGUCUCAUCUUUUUUUUAAAAGGUCAGGAUUCCUUCAAUGCUCAUUAAUAAGACUUUUACCUCUUCUAACUCUGACAUGCACAACUUUACUCUUCUGCAAAUGGACUUGUUGAUUUAAACCUGGAAAAACACUUGAGUGUUUCAGGAACUACUGUGUCUUUCUUAUCUCCUGCAGCAGCUGUGGCUCAGUGGUAGAGUCGUUAGUCUCUUAACAGAAAGGUUAAGAGGUUUGAUCCCCAGCUCCUGCAGUCACAUGCUGAUGUCGUGUACUAUGGCAAGACACUGAACCCUGAAUUCCUACCACUGCAACGUUUGUGACGUCAGUGGUGUGUGAUUGUUUAUGAAUGGAAUUAGAUGAUACUGAUGGACACUUUACAUAAGCAGCCUCUGCCGUCAGUGUGCAAGUGUAGUGCGAAUGUGUAGGUGUGACCUGCGGUGUAAAGAAUAUAAGUGUUAUACAAGCUUAAGUCCAUUUACCAUGUUAUCAUUCCGCAGGUCUUUCAGAGCUGCAACUGAGCUGUCACUCACUUUAACUCACUCGCUGAUUAAUGUGCUUCAUGAACUGAUCGAAGUAGCAAAGCCCGAACCUUAUUCAACCACAUGGGGAACUGUUUGAAAUGUCUCAGCUUGAAUGCCUAAAAUGAACUGUGAAACAAAGCUAGUCUUGUCUGCAAAAAUCACCAAAAAGAUCAGUUGACAUUCGGUUGCCAGUAAAAGUAUUUGGCUGAAAUUCACUGAACUGGGAAAGCAAACUGAAAUCUUACUGGACAACCUCUAAAUCCAUUCACACAAGCAGUUUUUGAAUACAAUAAAAAAUGUCAAACCAG